GUGCUUAUGACGCAGAUGGGCUGAGCUAACUACCUGACAGAGCUUCCAGCAUCGCGAAAGAUUAAAUAUGGUUUCAACUUACUUUCGAGUGUUUUUACCUUCAUUGCUAUCAGUGUUAGCAGUGUCUCAGGGGCAAGAUGUUUUUCGUUUUGCGAAAAUAUACAGUGAUCACAUGGUUUUGGAACAAGCUCCCAAACGCGCAGUUGUUUGGGGUUACGGUGAAAUAGGGAAGAAGGUUUUACUUCAGUUUUCUGGCCAAUCAUACGAUUCGUUAAUCACUGCUCAUGAGCAAGGAAAUCAAAGUGUAGGAUUGUGGCAAGUCCUACUGCUGCCAACAACAUUUGGCGGACCAUAUCAAAUUGUGGCGCAUUCAACUGUAAAGGGGAAAGAAAAAACCAUCAAUUUGAUGGAUGUGAUGUUCGGAGAUGUUUGGAUCUGUAGUGGACAAAGCAACAUGGAGUUUACUGUUGUUCAAUCAGACAAUGCCGCAAAAGCUAUCAAUGAAUCCAUACAUUAUGACCAGAUAAGAAUAUUUACAGCGGGCCGUGAUUGUGAAUCGAAACCUCAACACGAAUUAAAAAGUGUUCUUCUACCUUGGUCCCGUCCUUCACCAGAAACUGUUGGUGGAAAGCCGUGGCAGUAUUUCUCUGCUGUUUGCUGGUAUUAUGGAGUGCAACUUUACGAGGAGUUGAAAUACCCCAUAGGCUUGAUCGCUACUUCGUGGGGUGGUACUCCUAUAGAAGCAUGGUCGUCGCCUGACGCUCUUGCACAAUGCGGAGGAGAUGAGAGCAUUUUGAAAACAUCUAACAAAAGAUUACACAUUGGCGUUGGCAAAGAUGAAUUGCAGUUUGGAGGACCUCAGAAAUUCAGUUGUCUUUGGAACGCUAUGAUUGUUCCUUUUCUAAACAUGACGAUCCAUGGAUCGAUUUGGUAUCAGGGUGAAGACAAUGCCCAAUAUCAUUACUUGUCGUAUAACUGCUCAUUUCCUGCCAUGGUAGAUGACUGGAGAGCCAAGUGGUAUUCUUCCACUCGAGGCAACACAGAUCCGGUUUUUCCUUUUGGUUUUGUUCAGCUAUCGUCUGUUGGUCACGACUUGAAGAGUACAUCACAGAAUUUUGCAACUUUGCGCUGGAACCAGACGGCACAAUUCGGCUAUGUACCAAAUCCUCGACAGAAGAACACAUUUAUGGCCGUAGCGAUGGAUUUAGGCAACCCCAAAUCCCCGUACGGCAGCAUACAUCCCACCGAUAAAACCGAUGUUGGGUUUCGGCUUGGUUUGGCCGGUCUAUCCAUUGCCUAUGGUAAAGACAAAUACUAUACUGGCCCAUUAGUAUCCAAAAUACAGAAAUAUGUACGCGGAAGUACUGUGUACCUUCAAGUCUUCUUCAAAUCAUUGAAUAAGAAAAUAGAACUCAGGAACAGCGAUGGCUUUCAGGUUCAAUGCAAAAACGUUGACACUUGGAAAGAUGCGCCAGUUGUUGACCUCGGUGGGAGCUUUGUCUAUUUAAAGACAAACUCGUGUGAACCUGUAAGGGUUAGGUAUGCUUGGUGUGAUUAUCCCUGCGUUAAACUGGAGUGUGCUGUGUACAGUGGAGGUCUCCCCUCUCCUCCUUUUUUAAUGAAUGGUCCAUUCGACGAGAUCAAAGCUAGGCAGACUAAAAACCAUUUUGAUUUUAUUUAUUCAUGAGAAAUGUCUUGCUUGAAUAAACCACAUUAUCGUUACUCUUGACAAUUGUAUCAGCAAAUACUAUGAAUUGGUGUUGAAAAUUUACUUUCAUAUACUUUGUAAUGAAUAUGUAUUAUGGUAAAUUGUCUGUUAAAUAAAAAAUUAAUUUUGCAGUUGGAAUAAAUUGCAGGAUGUCUUAAUCUUGCGAAACAAUGGUUAA